AUGCAAGAUAAUAGUCUUGUGUGCAUUGCAUUUUUUGCAACUGAUAUAGAACAAACAUCAUUUACUAUCAAAACCAUCGAUCUUGAUACAGAUGAUAGAGUUUUAAUAUAUUCAAACAAUAAUAACCUGCUAUAUCAAAUGAAUUCGUUUGAUUUAUAUACUUUUACGUGUGCUUCUUUCGCAUUAUUUUAUCGAACCGAUAGUUAUCAGUUACAAGGGUCAAUAUCUGUAUUCGAAACAGAUAAGUUCAUUGCAACAGGAGAACACUCAUUACAAGUUGAUAAUUCUCUUGUUUUUGAUAUCCUACCAUAUCAUUACUUAUUGGUCCAUAAUCAUCAAUACUUUACAAUUGAAGCCCCUGUUGACGCUCAGAAAUAUGAUAACGGAGCUUAUUAUUUUACCGAAAUGGCAGAGAUCAAAAUAACUCCUACUGAAGCUUCCCACAAAAUACAUUUUUCUGUUUUAACCCGUCCAUACGUAUAUUGCAAGGAUGUGACGAUCUUUGAUGGUUAUGACACUCAAUUUCUCAUUUCUGGCCCUCCCUGUGACAAGCAAUGCUUCAUCCUUACAUCUCCAUAUAUUAUAGAUUAUUAUAUAUACGUUCAGAACCUCGGAGAUGCUUUGACGAUUUAUGCUCCAAAUGCUGACAUCAGAACAAGGCUUUCCAAUGAAUAUGGAUUCAUCACAAGAGGCAACUCAUAUUUCUUCCAUAUUUCUGCCGCAGAUAAUUCCUCAAAUUGCGUAAUUUGUCUUCAGAAAUGCGAAAUCGUUUCUUCAACAGUUCCUGGCGAAACAUUCAACAACAAAUACAUUACAGAGUUUACAUCACAAACAGUUGUUGAAUAUCCAAAGCUAUUUUACAGAUUUUUGACCGGAUUUUAUCAUUAUUACAUUCCACACAACGGUUCCGAAGUUUACCUUAACAGGUAUUCAUUAUAUGUCUUCCACAAUCCAAGGAACUUUAUUGCUACCGGAAGUGGCCAGACAUUCCUCUCAGAUCAAAGUUAUGUUAUAAAUGUAACAGAUAUGAGACUUACAAUCCGUAUAUUACCUCUCAAAGAUGAUGUAGAGAAAUACCUUAAUAUCAGUGUCUUCAAUUAUCGAAAGACUUCUGAUGUUUUACCAAAUUGCAACUCUUUUGACGUAGUUGCUGUAGCGGACAAUGACAAGAACUCAAUGUCCAUUAGUUAUAAAGCAGAUAGUUUCAAUUCAAUCCCAGUAAAUUUCUCGAUUGCAGCAAAUCAGAGAGUUUGUAUAUGGUAUGCCGCAUCUUCUCCAUUCCAAAUCACAUUAUACCAUGAUGAACUCGAGGACGGAAACACGUUUUCGUUGAUUCCAGAGAGAUUUGGACAAUUUCCGACCCCAUCAACUUUUAAUAGGAUCAGAGGGCGCUCGGUAAUUGCUAAAUGGAUUACAUAUAAUGAUGUUGAUGGAAUCCCAGAAAGCGGAGCUUCAAUCGAGACAAUCAAACCAUCUUCCAUUGCAACCACGGAGUUAGGCGGAAUGUUCAGGGGAACAAGGAGCUACAUGGACUUCCCAUUCGCAAAGUACACAAGCGCUCCAAGAAUAACGAAUUAUGGGGUAGAAGAAGAAAAAAUAAAUGUAACCCAGCCCGACCAAAACCCUAGAAAACUCUCAGAUCUCCAUAUUGCAUUGAUUGUCGUAUGUAUUCUCGUUGCUGUUAUCGUAAUAAUUUCACUCGUUUGUUAUUUCAAGAAAAAGCGAUCAGACAGCGAUCAUAAUAACUUGAAAGAGGAUAAACAUUCCACGUCCGACAUAGAAGAUCCGGUUCCAAUCCAAAACAAUUACUUUUCGUCAACUCCUUCGCCAAAAAGUUCGGCUGAAGCAACAACUAACACGACAUUGACAGAAACUACUACGGAAAGCAGCAAUAACAAAGGUAAUAGUUCAUACGAGGCAAAAUCGAUAUAA